AAGAUGCAGUAAUUCAAAAGGCCCCCCAUGACCUGCCCCAAACCGGCUCCCCAAAAGCCCUGCACAUUUAUCCGAACCAACAAACAGAUACAGCCGUUCCACAACUUACUAGAGGUGACUGGAUGCCACGAUCCGGAGCUGACAAAGGAUGUGAACAAACAUUAAUAGAAGAAAACAGUUUGACAGUUGAACAAGUGAAAUUUGCUCAGUUACAUCCGCAGGAUGAUUCCCUACUGAGGAAGCCAUCUGUUUCUGAGGGAAGGCAAAGCGAACAAGAGAUAAUCCCACUUCCUGGUAUAUUCUCAUUUACACACAUGUCAGAAAUCGUGCCUCCAGAAGUGAAACCUAAACCUGCCGUCCCUGUCAAGCCUUCACAUGUGGUACCACCCUCUGGCAUCCCCCCUGCACCCCUCCAGGGGUCAGGGGCUGGAGGUCAGGGAUCAGGAGGAGGCUCAACAUUGUUGGGAUAUGUUGGGAUAGACACCAUUAUUGAACAGAUGAGAAAGAAGACCAUGAAGACUGGCUUUGAUUUCAACAUCAUGAUUGUGGGUCAGAGUGGCUUAGGGAAAUCCACCAUGGUGAAUACUCUAUUUAAGUCUCAGGUGAGCAGGCGGAGCUCUGGCUGGAGUCGUGAUGAGAAGAUCCCCAAAACUGUGGAGAUUAAAUCAGUAUCACAUGUGAUAGAAGAGGGUGGUGUGAAAAUGAAACUGACAGUGAUUGAUACCCCUGGAUUUGGGGACCAGAUCAACAAUGAAAACUGCUGGGAGCCAAUAUCUAAAUAUAUUAAUGAGCAGUAUGAGAAGUUUCUGAAGGAAGAAGUAAACAUUGCCCGUAAAAAACGGAUCCCGGACACCCGAGUGCACUGCUGCUUGUACUUCAUAUCUCCAACUGGACACUCACUGAGGCAGCUAGACAUUGAGUUUAUGAAGCAUUUAAGUCGAACUGUGAACAUCAUUCCUGUCAUUGCCAAAGCGGAUACGCUGACUCCCGAGGAAAAAACAGAGUUCAAGCAGAGGGUAAGGAAGGAGCUGGAAGUGUGUGGAAUCGAAUUUUAUCCACAAAAGGAGUUUGAUGAAGACCAGGAGGACAAGGCAGAUAACGAUAAGAUCAGGGAGACCAUGCCUUUUGCAGUAGUGGGAAGUGACAAAGAGUACCAAGUCAACUGCAAACGGGUUCUGGGUCGGAAGACUGCCUGGGGAAUAGUAGAAGUUGAAAACCCAAAUCACUGUGAAUUCUCUCAACUACGGGACUUCUUGAUCAGGUCUCACCUUCAAGAUCUGAAAGAGGUCACCCACAACAUCCACUACGAGACGUACCGGGCCAAAAGGCUCAAUGACAAUGGAGGACUCCAUCCUAUCUCAACCAGCAACAGCACCCAGGAAAGCAACCUGUGAGGGUGAAAUCAUCAGCCAAGAGAACAAUCGACAAGCUGUAUGUCGAUCAUGAAAGAUAAUAAUAAAUAAUAUUUUUGUGGAUAAAUACAUUAGCACGUGCCCUUGUGGAGUUCAUCUUGCUGAAGCUUUUCAACCAUUUAAACAUGUUCGUCGUUGCAUCUCUUUCGCUAAACGCCCUUUUUAACACACAUAAUGACAGCACUUCAAGCUAGAUCCUCUCGAAUUUAUCGUCUAGAUGUUGUAGUUACUCCUGAAAGUUAACAUGCCACAGUAUGGAUGGAUGACAGCACUGCCAUUCAACUGCACACAAUACAGAGAAGUUUUUAAAUCUUUCUGUGAAGUCUCCUUUGUGUGGUCUAACAGCUAUUCUCUACCUGCCAAAAGAAUUCAGGACUCAAAAGGUUUUUGUAAGCCUUGAUGAUGAUACAUUGAUGUUCACUCCUUUUAACUGUUUCUUAACUCACUGCAGCAUUUUCCACUUGCUGCUAAUUUUUACAUAGCUUACCCUGAUAACUAAUGAUCUUUUUUGGACACUAAUUCAGGACUCUCUCAGUAUCCAGAACAGCACACAAAGUACCAAGCAGAAAUCUCUGAUAAUUUAAAACACAAGGAUUUUGAAGGUUUGCCCCAAUACAUUUUGUAAACAUUUUUAGACUGUGUGUGCACAAGUGUGUUUGUGAGAAAGAGAAUGUGCCUUUAUAUAUUUUAGAUCCAUCUUUCCAGUGUUCAAGCAACAAAAUAUUCAUGAUUUUUUUUUAUAUUCCAUGUUUUCCAUUGUUUAUAUCAGUGUGCAUGUAUAUCGCAGAAACAAAGGAAUUGCUUGAUGUCUAAAUGUUCACUUUGGUGUUAACCACUUAGCCGAAGCACAGAUCAAGCCAUGAUCCCUUUAGGCAUGACAAAUUUAAUUGUAACACACCUCAGACCUUUUACAUUCUGCCAUGCAUCUUUGGACGAAAACAACUUUUUAUUUAUUUAAUCAUUAAUGCUUUUUGUGAAAUAUUACAUCACAAGGACGGUAUUCUUGCCGAGUGUUAUGUUUUGAAGUGUUAUUUAUUACAUCAUUUAAUAAACGUUUUCCAUCA